CUCCUCUGCUUGAAGAUGGCGGCGGGCACGCGUGUGUCGAGCGGGCGCGAAGUGAACUCGGUGCCGGACGUCGGCGAGAGCCUGGGGGCGGCGGGCGGACAGGGGUUCGAUUUCCUGUGUAUGCCCAUCGUGCACCCCCGCUUCAGGAGGGAGUUCUGCGCCGGCCCGGCCAAGGACCGGCCGGCGGCCCUGACCCGCUCCGACCUGCUGCUGUCGGGCCGGGACUGGAACACGCUCAUCGUGGGCAAGCUGUCGCCAUGGAUACAGGCGGACUCGGAGGACGAGCAGGUGCGGAGAAACUCGGAGGAGGCCCUGCUGCAGGAGCUGAACUUUGCGGCCUACCUCGGCGUCCCCGCGUUCCUGCUGCCGCUGCGGCAGAUGAACAACAGUAACCUGGCCAGGGUGCUGGUCAACCACCUGCUGACCGGACACCACUCCACCAUCUUCUGGAUUCGGGUGCCCCUCAUCUCCUGGGAAGACAUGCGGGAGGACCUGGUGGAGAAUGACCCGGUGGUGCGCUCGGAGGACUGCAGCGAGGAGGAGACAACCUGGCUGUGGUGGCACCACUUCCGCUCCCUGUGUGAUUACAACAAGAGGAUCGCGCUGGCUCUGGAGGUCGGGCCGGACCUGCCGUCCGACGCUGUCAUCGACCGCUGGCUGGGGGAGCCCAUCAAGGCGGCCGUGCUGCCCACCAGCAUCUUCCUGACCAACAAGAAGGGCUUCCCCGUCCUCUCCAAGAUGCACCAGAACCUCAUCUACCGGCUCUUCAAGCUGGAGGUACAAUUUGUGAUCACCGGGUCAAACCGUCACUCGGAGAAGGAGUUCCGCUCCUACCUGCAGUACCUCGAGUAUCUCAACCAGCACCGACCCCCACCCAACUCCUACGAAACCUUCGCCAAGGGCUACGAGGACUACCUGCAGUGCCCGUUACAGCCCCUCAUGGAUAACCUGGAGUCUCAGACUUAUGAGAUUUUCGAGAAAGACCCCAUAAAAUACUCGCAGUACCAACAGGCUGUCUACAAGUGUCUGCUGGACAGAAUCCCAGAAAGUGAGAAGGACACAAACGUUCAUGUCCUGAUGGUGCUGGGAGCAGGCCGGGGGCCCCUGGUCAAUGCCUCACUGCGAGCUGCCCGACAGGCCGACCGGAAGAUUAAGGUCUUUGCCAUUGAGAAGAAUAUUAAUGCUGUUGUCACGCUCCAGAACUGGAAGUAUGAGGAGUGGGGGGACCAGGUGACAGUGGUCUCCUGUGACAUGAGGGACUGGCAGGCACCCGUCAAGGCAGACAUCAUUGUCAGUGAGCUGCUGGGCUCCUUCGGAGACAACGAGCUGUCGCCGGAGUGCCUGGAUGGAGCGCAGAGGUUCCUGAAGGAGGAUGGAGUCAGCAUACCCAGUGAGUACACCUCGUUCCUCGCUCCCAUCUCCUCCUCCAAGCUUUACAAUGAGGUGCGUGCCAGCAGGGAAAAGGAUCGAGACCCAGAGGCGCAAUUUGAGAUGCCAUAUGUGGUUCGACUGCACAACUUCCACCAGCUCGACGCUCCUCAGCCCUGCUUCACCUUCACCCACCCAAACCGAGGUGUCUUCAACAACAACCGGUACAAGUGCCUGGAGUUUGACAUCAAGCUGAAUACAGUGCUUCACGGCUUUGCGGGCUACUUUGAGACCAUCCUGUACAAGGACGUGAUGCUGAGUAUCCGCCCAGAGACUCACUCCCCAGGCAUGUACUCUUGGUUCCCCAUCCUUUUUCCCCUGAAGCAACCCAUCCCUGUGAAGGCGGGGGAAACUGUGUGCGCUCGCUUCUGGCGGUGCGCCAACCCCAAGAAGGUGUGGUACGAGUGGGCUGUGACCUCACCUGAAUGUUCCGCCAUCCACAACCCUACUGGCAGAUCUUACACCAUUGGCCUGUGAGGUGGUGUCCGUUGGCAGCCCUUGGACAUGUGUUCCACGAGUACUUCUGUGCAUGUUCGAUGGGUGGGUUAGUUGACAAGGCUUGGCCCUUACAUAGUGCUGCUGAACUCUGACGUAUGUUGAGGGGUUAAACUGUGUGAUGUGUUGACUGUUGCCGGAGGGGAGGUGGGAAUAGUAAUGUGGGAGGGUUCUGCUGGGGGAUAAUGUCACUCUAGCCCCCAUUUGGGGAUAUGUGAGUAUGCAUUGCAUUACUGACAUUAAAAUGAUUUCACUGCAGAAAUGU